ACUUGGGAGCAAUUAGGCUGAGGCAGAUGAAGCUCCUCAGCCCUCCCCACCUCUAGCAAUAUAAAUUGGCGGGUCCUUUGGCGUGCCUUCAUUCAGCCAGGCGUUCCCCAAGCCGCGGAGGAGCCACGUUCCUAAGGCUUCGGAGAACUUGGGCGCCAUCCCGGGGGACGACCAGGGGACGGUUUUCCCUCGACGGCGCGUCUCGCCACCACCUCGUCCUUCUCCCCCCACCAGGGCUCCUUUUGCCUGGCCGGCUCCUGCCUUCUUCGACGGGGCACCAAAACGACGCGGGCGACGAUGAUGAAAACCCUGGCCGUUCUCGCCGUGCUUUUCCUCGUCUCGGCGCAGGCGUUCGCCGAGGAACCGGGAGACGCCGAUGAGCUGAAUUACUGGUCCGACUGGUCCGACGGCGAGCCAAACAAGGAAGAGUUAUCCUUACCCUUCGAGCACUUCCUGCAGAGAAUUGCCAGGCGCCCCAGACCUCAGCAGUUCUAUGGCUUAAUGGGCAAACGAGAUGCUGGAUAUGGCCCUCUGUCCCAUAAAAGACAUAAAACAGAUUCUUUUGUUGGACUGAUGGGCAAAAGAGCUUUAAGUUCUGGAUCUUCUGAGUGGAACACAGCACAAAUGUAUGAAAGAAGACGUAAAUAAGUUCUUGCCAUUUAUUUGUUGUAAUUUGUUUGUGGCCAAGUUAGUUAAUGUAAUAUAAAAUAGCCAUUGUAAGGAAUAACUAUUUAUUUAUG